GAUAGCUUACACGCUUUUAAAGUCUGAUGUAUUUCAUUUCCAUUUUGCCAUAUACAUUAUACAUAGUCCAUUAGAUUUGAUUUGAUUGCAGUAUAUUUAUAACCUUUGUUAGUUGUAAGGUUUAAAACAAUUUAAGUUUCAUUAUAUAGCAAUUCUUUUAUAGAGUAUAUAGAUAUGAGUUGUUCUAGAGGGAAUACCAAUAGAACACGACCCCAAAAACAUCAAAAUAGAACUGUAUUUAAAAACACUUUACAUGACACCAGUAAGAAAACUAAACUUUUAAAUAAUUUAGAAGUGACUGGUGUAUGUGAACGUUGUAAAGAAAUAAUAGAAUGGAAAAUAAAAUACAAGAAAUACAAACCUCUCACGGUUCCAGGAAAAUGUGUGUCAUGCGAACAGAGAAAUAUUAAACAUGCGUACCACAUUAUGUGUAAUAAAUGCGCAACUGAAAAAAAAGUUUGUACUAAAUGCUGUAAGCCCUCAGAAUUGAUUGUUGAAAAAAAAACUGAAAAACUGGUUGACAAUGAAAUUAAGUAUCAAUCAAUAUUAAAAAAUCUUUCUGAAAGAAAAAGACGAACGUUUUUGAGGCACAUAAAGAAACAAGAAUCCGAUGGUAUUGAAGUAACUGAUGUGGACAUAGAUGCAUUUUUGUUAGAAAUGGGUAAAAAAGAGUUAGACAAUGACUCUGGUGAUGAUAUUAAUUUCUCUGAUUUAGAAAUCUGAGAGAAGAUAUAAUAAAUUGUUUAUUCCCUGUUUAAUACAUUAAUAAAAUAAUAAACCAUGUGU